AUGAACAACAUAAAUCAUGAGCCGAUAUCGACAUCAACCAAUCGUGAAUCGGCGAUGCCAGACCCGGAGGACGGGCUUUUAAAUGAGGAGACACUUUUUGACAUGAGCAUGUUAGGGAAUGAAGCAGGGUUUCCGAAUAUGAUGCAGACAGACAUAAAGCUUCAAUCUGCUCAGGUACCAAGUCAUGUCAGUGUUGAAGAUAUGCUGAAGAUGGAGUUCUGUACCGUUGGGGAAGCAAGAGAAUUAUACACGAGUUAUAGUAAGCUAAAAGGUUUUGCAAUAAGAAAGAGUAAGAGGGUAAAAAAUGCCAAAGGAGAGAUCGUUAGAUACACUUUUGUUUGCAACAGACAAGGGUUUAGGCACAAGAAGUGGUUAGAUAAGCUGGAUAGGAAAAAAGAGCACAAGCCUAUAACGCGAUGCAGGUGUGUAGCAGAGAUGAGGAUAAAGAAGAAUCAUACUAAUAGAAAAUGGUUUGUUUCACAGUUUGGGGAUGAUCAUAACCACACCCUACUCUCUGAAAGGUUUAUUAGAUAUCUGCCUUCACACAAGAAUAUGUCUGAUGUAGAAAUUGCUCAAAUGAAUAGCAUGAGGCAAGUUAGGAUAAGUGUAAGACCCGGUUAA